AUGAUAACAACAACAAAUAGUUCAAGUAAUUGUUCAUCUUUGGCAGGAGCACCAUCAGUAAAUAUGUCAAUUAUUGAAGAAGAUUCUGUAAAUUUAACAACAACUACAUUAACAACAACCGACGAGCCAUUUCCACCGCACGUUGACGCAACAAAUAUUGUUAUAAAUCCCGAGUCGCCGUCUAGCAAGAAGCAAACUCUAAAGACAUUUAAUGAAGUAAAUACCCUGAUUCAGGCAAACAGGAAACGUGAAGUAAAAAUAAUAUUAAGGGAGAACGCUUGGCCGCUUAAUAAUGGAAUCAGAGCCCACUUGUGGCCGGCGCUCUGUCAGCAACACACUUCAGCUAAAAAUAUUUUUACUAAAGCUGAAGAUGGCUUUUAUUGGGCCAUGGUUACCUCAUUGUUCGGUACUGUUGGUAAGAAUGAUAACGAUAACAAUCAUUAUCGGGAUAGUGUUGUUAGUAGCCUAUCUGGGGGAGCAAUUGCUUUUCCCGCCAAUCCUACUCCUUCCCAAAUAGUACAAUUAAUCGAAGAAAAACUGUCGGAAAAGUCAAUAGUGUUACCGUCGUUUGUCGACAGUAGCCAUUGUUUGUCCUACAAUUUAACCGGAAAGGGUAGAAAUAUUGCAGACCGCGUAGUCUCUGUUCUGGGAUUCUCAUGCCCGGAUAUAACUUACAGUCCGACGCUUUAUCCAUUCACGGCCCUACUGUUGCACUUUAUGACUGAGGAAGACUGCUAUCACUGCAUGGCAAGCUUGGUUGCUUGCAAGGACAAAGUAUUUGUUACCCAAACUAAAUUAUUAUUUGAAGUUACGUGGAAAACUGUCGAACAAAUAGCCAAAAAAUAUGUUAAAUCAGCAGCGGCGCAUUUAUCAAGACACAGUGGUAUGAGAGGCGAUAGAAUUUAUUCAGACUGGAUUUGGUGGAUCCUUCAAUUGCUUCCCUUUCAGCAUAUUGUCAGAGUGAUGGAUUGUUUUUUACACGAAGGUUCCAAGGUAGUAUUUUAUCGAAUUGCUAUGGCUAUAUUGUUGUUAUUUUACAAACAUUCAUCAUCACAGUCGUCUGAAUGGAUGCAAGAAAUAGUUAAACACGGUUUAGAUACAGCAUUAUCAAAAUUUUGCCGACAAAUACCGGUAAGCCCGGCAAAAUUAUUAAGAAUAGCAUUUGGAAUUCGCGGAUUGACAUCGGCUUACAUAUCAAAAGUAUUUUUACGUACAGAAUUAACAUUAAAGAGCAGGACUGUAUUAACAGGCUCACGAUCACUAGCACGAUCAAGAUCAUCGGACAAUUUACCAACAAGUCAAUCUCAAGUCAACAUACAGAUGAUGUCACACACACUCACUAUUAGAGAGGGUUCACAUAGUCCGGAACCGCGAUCGUAUGCAAUGGGAGCUUACCCUAUACAGGGAAUAAAGUCGCUAGUCAUUGAAGAAGAUGAAAAUUUAUUUACACUGUGGUCGUGGUUGCCCGUGAGGAUAACAAUGUACCAGCCUACUCUAUUGUACACCACCGAGGAACACGGAUGUUCUUUAACGACAUUUUAUUUACGAGUUGAACAACACGAGCCUACUUUGCUAAUGAUUAAAACUUGUAAUAAUGAGGUGUUUGGUGCAUAUUGUUCGACGAGAUGGUGUGAAAGAAAUAUGAAAGACGACAAGGGACACAGACAAGCGUACUUUGGUACUGGAGAAACAUUUUUAUUCAGUUUAUAUCCAGAGCGUGCUAAAUAUCCGUGGGUUGGAAUGGAUUCUACGCACAAUGACAUAAAAGUUCAUCAUUCGGCUGAACUUUUUAUGGCUGCUGACUCUAAAAUGAUAACUAUCGGUGGCGGUGAUGGACAAGCAAUUUGGAUGGACGAGAACAUAAGAUACGGAAAAACAGAUCACUGCUCGACAUUCAACAAUCCGCCUCUCUGCGCCAGUGGUGAUUUUGAAAUUCGAGUACUAGAAGUUUAUGGUUUUUCCGGAGCUUAA